AUGCUAUGGGACUACAUCGUCGAAGGAGGAGGGCUUGGCGGCUCGGUUGCGUCAAGCCGGCUUCAUGAGUACUUGCCCGCCGCCAAUAUACUCCUCCUCGAGGCGGGCACGCACGCGAACAAUCGGGAGGAUAUCAUGUGGUACAAUUCGACCAACCCUGUCUAUCGCGGCGAGUUCAACUGGAACUACACCACAACCCCCCAGGUCAACGCAGAUCUGCCAAAGGUAAACCCCACUCAGGGCAGGGCACUCGGAGGUGGUACUGUCAUCAACAAGAACAUGUAUCUUCUAGCAGUCAAGAAAUUCUGCUUCUUCGCUACGUCAUAUAUGGUCUACCUUGUGACGCUUAUUCUAUGGUUCGACCGCCGCCGGGAGCGUUUAGUGGGCGGUUUACAAGAACAGGCGGCCUUUGCAAGAUCCAAAGGCUCAAUCCAAAGGGGGCCUGGCUUUACCUCCGAGUCUCCUGUUGGUUGGGGCAUGGAUUAUCCAUUUUUAAGCAUGUUUCCGGGAAGUGAGGUGCAGAUGAUUCGAUGCCAUAGGUCAGCCACAUCUGCUCCUCGUCUCUAGAGGUAGCAUCAUUGGUGGCCUGGUAAUAAAUUGCUGCCGGUCCCGAAGGGCCUUUGUCUUUGUGGAUGGAUGUUGCCAAAGGAUGAUAUUGAGGGUUCUGGUUCGGUACACAUCGAUUCAUAGCAGUUUUGCGAGCCGAGUAGCC